AUGGCUGGAUCCCUGGGUGCUGUAUCUAUUUCAUUUUAUGCACCUGGAAUAAACCAUGGUGUCUUAGAUGCUCAUUUCCUUACAAAGGGUCUGAAAGCUGUACUUGUCUACUAUUCCUCUCUGGUAUCACUGCUUCUGGAGCCCCGCCCCAAUCGGCACCCCGCCCCCACCCCGAAGUCUGAGGAGGCGCAGGGGGGCUCUAGUCGCUGGGCUACUCUGCGGACCACGUGCUGUGCUCCCACCUCCCGCUCCUUUGCAGCUGCCCCAGCUCAGGGCCAGGGCCACGUGGUGCCGCCCCGGGGACCCCGGGUAAUCCUGCGUGUGGGAGGGGGUCCUCAGGAAGCAGGGGCCUGCGGGUCCCCAGAUGCGGUGGGGGAGGUGGGUGCCGUGCGGGCACUAGCUGGUGGGUCGGGCGAGGAGGCCACCAUUUUCAGGGUGAGGGUCGUGCGGCAAGGCGCGGCCCUGGAGGAGGGAGAGGUGGCGGGGAUCGGGGAGGAGUUGGGGCUGUUGGUGGAAGACAUCAUGCAGGGGGUGGAGGCGGGGGCGGAGGAAUAGCAGGAGGAGGUGCAGGUGGAGGAGCCCCAGGAGCAGGGGCAGGAAGAGCCAGGGCGGGACCCGGGACCCAUGACCGCCCGGCCCCUGCUGGAGGCGCUGGCGGCCCUGUAGUUAGAGCUGAGCCCUCUGAAUGCCCAAGCCAGCAGGGCCUACACUUGGCUCAAGCGCAUGAUGGGUCAGACGCGGAAGCCUCACUUGGAUGGAAGAAGCGCCAUCAUCUGGGGCAUCCCUGGCUUCUGGGCCAAAGCCAUCAUGAACCAACCCCAGAUGUCAGCCAUGAUCAGUGACCAAGAUGAAGACAUGCUUAGCUACAUGAUCAGUUUGGAGGUGCAGGAACUGGGCCAUCCCAGGCACCGCUGCAAGUUGAUGUUUUUCUUUCGGAACAACUCCUACUUCUGGAACGACGUGAUCAUUAAGGAGUAUCACCUUAGCAUCGCUGGAUAUAGGGCGUCUCGUUCCACUCCAGUUCAGUGGUUCUGGGAUUAUGAACAAGGUGCCCCCAGCCGCAGGCAGGACACCACCACUAACUUCCUCAACUGGUUGUGUGACCACAACUGCCCAGGGUCUAACAGGAUUGCUGAGAUCAUCGGUGAGGGCCUGUGGCCCAAUCCCCUGCACUACUACCCCAGGGAGGAAGACCCCACCGGGACAGACCCAUAG